AUGGUGAACAAAUGCUCAGCUUACGGAUUUAAAAGUGGAUACAAAUCAAAUGCAACAAAUGACGAGAAAAAUGACCUAUCGUUUAACGCCUAUCCACUAAAAAAUCCGGAUUUGUGCACUAAUCCUCACAUAGAUCAUAAGUAUAAUAAUUUCAAGUGGUUUUGUGAUACAUGUAAUAAUGUUUCUCCAGACACCAAAUCAUCAACGGAAAUAGACACGGAUCUGCUUGCGAGGGCAGUUGACAGAAGUAAACAGGAAUUGAUGAUUAAAAUUGAUGGGUUGACAAAUGCCAGUAAAAUCAUAGAAUCGGAGCUCCGGAAUAUCAGAUGUGCAGUAAAAUUGAAUGAUGAAAAAUUAAGCAACAUUAAUCAUGCUGUUGAUGAGAUGCGUACGGGCAGUGGUGGAGUUAGUAUGUCAUGGACCGAUAUAAGUGAGGGGACCUCCGGGAAGAUGAAAAAUAGUCAAGUUUUGGAGGGAUCAAAAACUGAAAGAAAAAGUUUGAUUGAGAGAGAUGGCACUGAUGGUAGCGUUGAUGAUAUUGAUUUUGAUGGAAUAAACGUUGAAAGUUGUUUUAGAUAUGCAAAUAAUAAAAGCCAUUAUGGUAAGUGUCAAUAUAAAAUCUCAAGUCUUGAUGUGUGUGGUGAAAGGGGGUGUAACAAUAAAAAUGCAAUAGGUGAAUUUCAGUAUGUUGAGGAUGAUAAAAUCAAGGAAAGUUUUAAUGAAGCAUGUGGUAAAGGUAAGCCUGCUAAAAUUGGAAAUGAGGAGCGAUCGGUGGUUCUGAGAGUUUUAAAUAUCAGAUCUAUAAUAACAAAAUUCAGCUCUAUUUAUGGUUUGAUUCACGAAGGCCUAGACAUCUUUGUUUUGACGGAGAGCUGGCAUGGUUCGGCAGAUAAUAUUUCCAUUGGGUUAUCAAUGCCACCUGGCUAUCAGUUUGUAGACCGUUUAAGAUCGCACGACCCACAUCAUGGAGGUUUAAUCAUUUUUUUCCGAUCAAUUUUUAGAUAUAAAAAGAUCACUCUGCCACUGGUUACUGCUUUCGAGGUUCUGGCGGUGAAACUUAAAAUUAAUGAAUUAGAUUAUAUCCUACUGGCAAUUUACAGACCUGGAUCUGAACGAUUAACGACAUCAUUUUUUGAUGAACUGAUUUCGGUCUUAGAAUGUGUUACAAUCAUUAGUUCCCGUAUUUUGUGA